UCUGCAUUGUGUAUAUCUUGUAUCCACUAUAGUUCUUCUGUCAUAACACUCGUUUUGCAGAUCAUGACAAAGCUGUCAUUGAUUUUCUGGCGUUUCUCAUCGUCCUCACGUCUGUGGCAAUACUUGUGGUGAUCGACAGCAUAUAUGUUCUUAACCGUGUUCCUAAGCACAGAAAGUCUCGUGACGUGAAUGAAAACGCGAUGUUUCAAUCGGCAGCAAGUCUCAGGAGCCUCAAGACUUUGCUGCUUUCAGCUGGGAUCAUAUGUCAAAUCACUGCAACUGCUGGGCAAAGGAUUACAGCUUCCUCACCUCCACAGUGUUCCUACACUGUAACAUCCAUCAAGUUUGGCUUCCAGAUUGACAUUAAAAGCUCUACCCCUCGUGACUACACCAUAAACAUUAGUGAAGAAGGCCGAUCAGACACUGGAAAACACAUCACCGUCCAUCAGUCCAGUCAAAGCUCAUCACAUGAAAUCAAACACCUGAAGCCCUGCACUGAAUAUGAGCAUUAUGUGACAUAUCUUGAUGGUGCUGGUGAAAAACACUGUAGCCACCCUGAAAAUAAAACUACAACGACUGACAUAAGUAAAGAUGACAUUGAAGAUGUCAGCUGCAUCCCUGGACAUGUUUGUUACCGGAGUGAUUGGGACGUCAGCUCUUUACUAUCAACCACAAAUGUUGUGGGAUGUGACAAUAAAACAUUCUGUGUCAAACCUGGUUACAAUGACAUUUGUUCAGAUUUUACUACAAACUUCACAUGUCCGACCACUUCCUUUAGCCUCACCAGCAUCAUCCCUGUUGAUUUCUUAAACACAAAUGAAAUACAUCAGAUUGUUUCCACUAAACUUCCAGCGAAAAUAGAAACAAAAUUACCUCCAAACUGUGAAAAUCUCUCUGUUGAUUACACCUGCUGGGAGAGUGGCAGAGUCACUGAGCCUAAGCUGGAGUCGGAGCUGGAGCCGUUUACUGACUACAGCUGUAUUGGUCAGAUCAAGGACAACAAUGUCACCAUCAAAAACACAACUGCUGUUGACGUCAGGAUUGACUGUGGUAAAGCUAACAAAGAGUCAUCAGGAAGAACAUGUCUUGUUAUUGGACUGAAACCAUUCACCACAUACACCUGUGAAGUCAAACCCAUCUACAAGAACAAGAAGAGAGAUGCUAAACAAACUCCAGUGACACAAAAGACUGAGGCUGGAAAACCAGACGAUAUUAAAGAGCUGAAGACGUCACAGCCAGAGCAUAAUGUGACUGCUUUCAAUGGACACUUUGAGAGCAAGCCCCAGACAAUACCUGUUGCCACUUUGGACAAUGGAAAAGCUCUCACUGUCACUGAUAUUCUGGUCGUCCUCAUCAUCAUCAUCAUCAUCAUCAUCAUCAACAUCUUAUCUGCAGCCUUGGUCUACAAGAUCUGCGUUCUGAUACACAGAAAGUCCAGAAAUGACGUGAAGGGAGAUGUGAUGUUUGAAUCAACAGCAAUUUAUGUUAAUGCACCUGAAUCUGCUUGGCGGAGAGCAUCCUGAUGGAGCUGUAUACCAAGUCAUCAUUUACUCUUAUUAACUUAAGUACUGCAUGUAUGCCUUGGCAUUGUUCGUGUCUUACAUGACAGGCCUAACAGUUGAAAUCAAGACUUUCUAAGACCUUUUUAAUUCCACAUAGACUGCAAUUUAAUACCAAGCCUACUAAGUAUGGAAGUAUGAUGGAAUACCAGUGGGACAAUAUGCCUCAGAGUUGCAUAUUACAGUUAUUUCAGUAUAAGUCUUAGUAGUAUAUAUAAUAUACUAUAAUUAAUUAAAUGAAUGCAAUACCAUACCUAAGUUAUGCUUUUUAACAGCCUUCUCUUCCAAUAUGCUUAAGAAAAAAGCGAACCAAGAAUUCAAAAGGGAACCAAAAGGGGCUAUGGCUGUCUAAACAGUUUAAUGUUAGACCACCAAAAGAUAUGACAAUGGAUAUUUUAAAAUGAGGCUUUAAAAUUCACCUGUGUUGCAUGGCUUUAACAUAUACAAAAUCUGUGUUUUAUUGUUCAAUCCUUGUACUUGUGCCACCUGCAGGCCACUAAUGUUACUGAUGCAUUUCGCAGGUGUGUGUUUUUGUGUGAUUCUGAGGUGUUUCCAUUUUAUAUUUGUAUUACCGAUUGAACAAAAUUAAUUAAAAAAUGUAACGUUAUAGCUAAAUGGCCUCUUCUGUAUACGGAAUACUCAAAAAUGAAUUACCAUUAAGAUUGCAAGUUUAAAACGUUACACUUCAUCUUUUGAAACUACAAUUACUGCCUCAUGGUUGUAUACCUCUGUCAACUGUCAAAUUCCAGGAAGUAUGGUCAUAAUCUCCCCUUCUGUUCCCGAGUUACAGCGUUAAAUAAUGGCCAGAAGUGUUUUUGAAGAACAUUAUGAUGUCACAUUGAAGUUGACCUUUGACCACCAAAUUAUAAUCAGUUCAUCCUUGAGUUCAAGGGAAUGUUUGUGCCAGAUGCAAUGAAGUUCCCUCUGGGCAUUCCUGAUAUAUCGUGUUCACAAGAGCAUCAGGUCACAGUGACCUUGACCUUUGACCAACAAAAUCUAAUCAGUUCAUCCUUGAGUGAAUGUUUGCAGCAAAUCUGAAGAAAUCCCCUCCAGGCGUUACUGAGAUAUUGUGUUCACAAGAAUGGGAUAGGCAGACGGACAACUCAAAACCUCCAGUCACAGCAGUCAUAAAAAAAAAAAAAAUUAUAAAAAUUAUAUACUCUGUGUGUGUGUGUGUGUGUGUCAUUAAUGUUACUGAUGCAUUUUGCAGGUAUGUGUUUUUCACAUUUUCAGCAUCAAAUGCUACCAAUAAACAAUAAAUAUGAAAAUUAUUUCAAUGAUAACCAGGUGUAUAGUUCAAAUAAUACAAGAUCAUCCAAGUUUUCCUCCGUAUGCAGAUGAGAUAUGGUACCUUAUUUUGCUCAAAUCUGGAGGAUGCCCAGUUUAUUCUAUAUCACCACUAGUAUCCAACAAUUCAAUGUGCUGUCAAUGUGAGACAAUGUGACAGACUUGCAUUCAAGUCAUCCUCAUCAACUUCUAAAGUCAAGAAAAAACAUAUAAUCAAAAUCACGUUAUAUAGAACUAAUUCAUUCAAGGCAAAAACGACAAUGUUCUGGUAUCGGUCGGGAUUAUGUUCGCGUGUAACAGAAAAAUUGAAUGUAUAUGGAUAUACUGACCACUAAGGUGAUAUAAUUUACCAGUAGUCCAUCAAAGUGAAAUAUCCCAACAAUUGUAAACUCAGGUAACAUCAAACCUUUUUACCAGUGACGGUUUGGUCCUUCCUUUAAAAAGGACCAAAAUGGUCCUGAACUACAGCUGUAAAACUGUGGCUCCGUGAUGGGACGGUGUUACCUGGGCUUGGUUUCUGGCAGUUUGCAUACUCAUAACUGUGUUUGUCCUUUUUUAUUGAUGUCCUGAAGGGUAUGUGUACAAUCAAAACCUGUUGGGACUCAAAAAUGUUUGAAUGAUGAGAUGAGAUGUGAAACCCAUUAAAACCUGAGCUCCAAGCAGUCACUCCAAUGUCCAAAAGGAAUUUGAAAGCUUUAUUGCAUUUAGUUAGCAUACAGGGCAUUUGUGAUGAUGGUCUUUAAUUUGACAUGAAAUGUUCAGAAAACAACCAAACUACCAGAACAAUAAAUAUUAAUUGUCAUUAUUUUUCUUUGUGAAAAACACCUGGACUCUUCGAUACCUUCAGAGAGUGUGCGGAAAAGUAAGUGAGCCGAGGUAAAAAGCUGGUGAAUAGUAGAGAAAUGUUAUGUUACAUAAAGACAAAAACACUCCCUAUCAAGACUUAGCCAUAAUUCUUAAAGUGACUUAGCACUGUGUGUCUUAAACAUCGCCACCGAAAGGGCAUUAACAUAAAUGUAUCUUUCAAGCCAAUACAAAAGCAUCAGGUGUUUUAGUUAUAUGCUUUAAGAACAUUUGAAAGCUCAGAGGCUGUUUCCCCUAAACCACUGGAGAAAUUUUUUUUGUUUUUUUGCUCUUAAAUACGACCAAUUUCUUCAGGGAAUUCUGUAUAGAAACUAAAAUAUAGAGAAAGUGCCUUAAAGCCAUAGCUCCCCUGUAAUUACAACAGAAUACUGAAAGGUUUUGGUGCUUUAUAGAUGUGCUUGUUUAGAGAGCGUAGAUAUAAAGGGUAAACAGAUGAUGAAGAUGAUGAAAAAUUAAGAUAAUUAUUGAAAUUUAAAAAAAGGUUUUACUGCAAUGGGAACAAAAAGCGAUAUGGAGGAACAAAAUUCUGGACAAGGUGUACAAUUGCAAACAAAAAUUGCAAACACUGUAUUUGCACGUCUCAGAUAUAUAACUAGUAGCAACACACUAUCAAAAUAUUCUGUUAACCAUAACAAAAUAACUUACAUUUUCUUGCAUCUAUAAGCUUUGAUUUUGUAUUCAACACAUGUUAAUAGUAUUAAAUGUUAAUUAAAAAAAGAAAGACAACAACAGGAGAUCAUGGGCAUACAUGUACAAUAAUUCAGCUGAAAAGUUAACAGGCUAUUUGAUAAUGUUUAAAAACAAUUCAUAAGACACUGAAAUAAAGCGUUAUCAAUUGUUGUUUACGUAUUAUACCUUCCGUGUGGUAUCAUUGUCAUUAUGUAAAACAGUGGUAGUCAGUGCUGGUCAGCUGUGACACACUGGUGUAAACCUAUUCACUGUUAUAUAUAUAUAUAUAUAUAUAUAUAUAUUACUGCUCACUCCCUCCAAAUUAAUAAUAAGUCACUAAAA